AUGAGCCACGAUGCCCCCUCCCUCCGCUACGAGCGGUACGACAGCGCGCGCGAGAACGAGUACGUCGCCGCAAUGCGCCAGCUGAUCUCCAAGGAUCUGUCCGAGCCAUACAGCAUCUACGUCUACCGCUAUUUCCUGUACCAAUGGGGCGACCUGUGCUUCCUGGCCAUGGACGACCAGGACGAGAUGGUCGGCGUGGUGGUGUCGAAGCUGGAGCCGCACCGCUCCGGCCCACUGAGGGGGUAUAUCGCCAUGCUGGCCGUGCGCGAGGAGUACCGGGGCCGCGGGAUCGCCACGAAGCUGGUGCGCAUGGCUAUCGAUGCGAUGAUCGAGCGCGAUGCUGACGAGAUCGUCCUCGAAACUGAAAUCACCAACACUGCCGCCAUGAAGCUGUACGAGCGUCUGGGCUUCCUGCGCAGCAAGCGGCUGCAUCGAUACUACUUGAAUGGCAACUCCGCCUACCGGCUCGUGCUCUACCUCAAAGAGGGUGUCGGCUCAAUCCGGUCCUCAUUCGAUCCCUACGGACCUCCUCCGCCUGUAUCCACCGGUCCACUUGGUCUUAUGCAGGAGAAUGGAGGCCGUUGA